AUGUUGGAAAGAGUGGGUGACGGGCGGAAAGACUGCCCGGGUUGGAAUCCCGUGCAAGCGGCGGGCUGGAAAAGUGCCCGGGUUGGGCUCCCGGGGUCCGUACCAGGGAGGGGGGGCCUCGGCACGGGGACUGCUCUUUUGGAGGCAGCGGCGAUUUUUGGCGGUGGGGCCGUCUCAGCAGAGCGAGGGCCGAGCGCGCGAAUCCGACUGAGAGAGUGGGCGGAAUUCAGCGCGGACUGGGCGGAAUACGGCGCGGAUCGGGUGGAUCCGGAGUCUGACUGGGCGGAGUCUGCGCAAGUCCUUCGGAGCCGCCAAAGGACGACGAUCGAGUGCACGUUGGACUCUUCGAAAGCAAUUUUCGGGGGUACGCAGACAUGCCGAGGUAAUGCGAGCGCGUUCAAGGACGACAGCUGGCGGGCGGGCAGGCAGUCUGCCGGAUCAGCCUCGGGCUCUAGCAUGUGUUGCUGUGGGCCUUUGGCUUACGGAUAG